AUGCCGUCGAAAAGCCCAAGGUGCGUCGCUGAAUAUACAUCCUAUCGCUCCAAUUGGCCCACGGGCCCUCCCACAGCGAGCCCAUAUACCCGCGAGGAUGCCGAAGCCGAACAGCGAGCACAACCCCCAUGCUGCGUUUGCAAGGAGGAAAAGUCGAAGCGUGACGAGUGCAUGCUCUUCUCCAAGUCCGCUGACCCCGCCGCGGACUGCAGAUCCCUGGUCGACCAAUACAAGAGCUGCAUGGUUGGCUACGGAUUCAAGGUAUAA